AACAUCUGUACACAUCACCCAUGGUUCAGCCAAAGCUUCUCUCUCUCGAUGCCUUUGCAAAGACCGUCGAAGAUGCUCGAGUAAAGACCGCAUCUGGAGGUAUCAUCACGCUUGUGUCUAUUACCAUUGUGUUGUUUUUGAUUCGAAACGAGUAUCUCGAUUAUACCCUGAUAAUUACCAGACCAGAAUUGGUGGUAGACAGAGACAUCAACCAGAAAUUGGACAUCACACUUGAUAUUUCAUUCCCCAGUAUUCCCUGCUCCAUGAUAAACCUUGAUAUUCUUGAUGUCAGUGGGAACGUCGAACUCGAUAUCUUGCAAAACGGGUUUCAGAAAUACAGGAUUCUUUCCAGUGGUGAAGAAGUUUUAAUGAAAAAUGCACCUUUAAUUGACAGCACCCCAUUAGAAGUAAUGGCAAAGGGGUUAGACAAACCAGAAGAUGCCGAACAUACUCCCUGUGGUGACUGUUAUGGUUCUUUACCCCAGGAUCGAAAACAAUACUGUUGUAAUAACUGUGAGACCAUCAGAAGGGCAUACGCUGCCAAGGUGUGGGCUUUUUACGACGGAGAAAACAUCAAACCUUGUGAAGAUGAAGGCUAUGUUAAAGCCAUCCAGUCUGAAAUCUUUAACAAUGAAGGGUGUCGUGUUAAAGGUACCACUCAAAUCAACAGAAUUAGCGGUAACUUACAUUUCGCUCCUGGAGCCUCGUUUACUGAACCUUCAAGACAUGUGCAUGAUUUGUCUUUGUACAAUAAGUUCCCAGAUCGGUUCAACUUUGACCAUACCAUCAACCACUUGUCAUUUGGUAAAGAUCCAGAGACCAACGCUAAUACCGAUAAGAAGACGUUACAUCCAUUAGAUGGAGAAACUAGAAACCUCAAGGAAAAGUACCACUUGUAUUCCUAUUUCUUGAAAGUUGUCUCCACCAGAUACGAAUACUUGCAAGAAAAGCUUAAAGCUCCAUUGGAAACCAAUCAGUUUUCCGCCAUUUAUCAUGACAGACCCAUAAAAGGUGGUAAGGAUGAGGAUCAUCAACACACUCUUCACGCAAGAGGAGGAUUACCUGGGUUAUACUUCUACUUUGAUAUUUCUCCAUUGAAGAUUAUCAACAAAGAACAAUACUCCAAAACUUGGUCCGGGUUUGUUUUGGGAGUCAUCAGUUCGAUCGCCGGGGUGUUGAUGAUUGGAUCAUUGCUCGAUAGGUCGGUUUGGGCUGCUGAAAAGGCCAUAAGGGCCAAAAAAGAUAUUUAAAUUAUAUUUGGCUAUGUACAAAAGUCUAUGUGAAAAAAGCUUUAAAUAUCAUUUAAUAGAUGUUGAAUUUCGUUAUAAUAGUCAUUGUUCAAGUAUUUUGGCAACUCUUCUUUGGCCAACCACAUAAAUUUUACGGUGCUGGAUGCUGGUUUGAACUGGCCUGACACUAUCUGGGACUUGAUGAAAAAUUCGUUAUUGUCAGAAGAUGAGAUCACGUGACAUGGUUUACUCGAAACAUUAUAAUAGUUCAACCCUUGGCCACCAAGGUUGUAAAUUCCGUCUUCAGCCACUUUGUGCAAUGGGAUCUCAUGUUCUUGACUCACAGCGAAGUUGGGAAAUGUCCAGGUCUUGUUGUCUUCACUUAUCACCAAGUAUAAGGAGCGACUCAAUUUUCUCUCUAAACUAGUCGUAUCGUUUUUCUCAUCCGCCUGAGUGACUCGGGAGUUGGGAUUGAUCUUCCGAGAUAAACUGUCUGACGAAUAUUCAUCUACAAUUUCACUUCCAUCUUCAGCCUGCUUAUAAGUUUUAGGUAAUCUAAGUUCUUGCUUGAAUCUUCUAUCUCUCAGCUGUCUGAUUUCUGGUCUUCCAUCGGUAAACUCCAUGGUUGGGUUGUUAUACACAGGUGGCUUAUUCAAUUCCUUGAACCGGUGGUCUCCCAAGGUUCCCCCUCUGUAGUAGAACCAUUUUGGAAAAGUCCACAUCAAUCGUUUCCAUAGUUCAUUCUGGUACUUAUAAUACAGCUUUUCGAACGCGGGCAAGUCCCUAGUGAUCACCGGAUUCCUGGCCAAUAAUACAGUGGAAGAUAUGACAGGAGUGGCAGUAAUACUCGAGUAGUGUCUUAUUAUAGUAUUCCUGAUCAUUAGCGUGAGGUU